CCGAAUAUAUUGUUUUUUUAAGAGGAUAAAACAACGUAUCUGUUUAUUAUGUUUCUCCAUGGCACAGAUAUAAAUUACAAUCCACUUACUAAAAAUGAUAAACCAUUCCUUGUAUGUUUUAAAAAUAUUUUAUUAGCCUAUGAAUGCGGUCAAGUAUGAACUUUAUAUCUAUGAUUUUAUUUUUCUGUUAUUACCUUACUACCACGGGCAGUUACUGUAGCUAAGUUUUUAUAGUAUCUGGUUAUAUAUUUAUGACUACCUAUUAUAACCUUUUAUAAUAUCGGUAGAAUAUUUUAGUCAACCGAUAUUAUAAAACCGUUAGCGGUCGAUGUUUAAUAUAAACAGAAUCGUACCCUAGGAAAUAAACAUUUAAGUUUAACGUAUUCUAUGGGCUCGAGGUCUCAAAUCUGCACUAAAUCGUUCAGGACCCAGCAUCAGCCAUCCCUAAAGGCACGCUGCUGGCUCUCCUGAUCUCGAUGGUGAGUUACACCCUGAUGGUGCUGUUUGCUGGUGGAGGCGCGCUGCGAGAUGCUUCGGGAAACAUUACCGACUUGCUGAUCGUCAACGGCACAGUCACCGACUACAGCAGCGUUAGUCUUUGCGCUCUCAAUAAUACUUGUGAAUACGGACUUCAUAAUAGCUAUUCGGUGAUGCAACUGAUGUCAGCUUGGGGCCCUUUUAUUUAUGGCGGAUGCUGGGCAGCGACUCUAUCCACUGCUCUCACCAACCUGCUGUCGGUACCGCGGCUCAUCCAGGCCUUGGGUGUGGACCGCAUCUACCCUGGACUAAUCUUCUUUUCCAAGCCUUACGGUCGCCACGGAGAGCCGUACAGAGGCUACGUGCUCACAUUCUUUGUUUCGCUACUGUUUCUGCUAAUCGCUGAUUUGAACACAAUAGCGCCGUUGAUCUCCAACUUUUACCUGGCGUCGUACGCGUUGAUCAAUUUCUGCACAUUCCACGCGGCGCUCGUGCGUCCGCUCGGAUGGCGCCCUACUUUCCGGUAUUACAACAUGUGGCUGUCGCUGGCUGGUUUCCUGAUGUGCGUGGCCAUCAUGUUGCUGGUCCACUGGGUCAUGUCGCUCGUUACCUUCGCCAUCUUCUUCACGCUGUACCUCAUCGUGCACUACCGCCGUCCUG